CACACAGACAGACAAGGACGCACCAGAGCCGCGAGCUGGAGACGACGGUUCCGGAGACUCGCGCGAGCUCUCUUUGAUUUGCCGCUCCGUUAAAUCCUCACAUUCACCUGGAAGACUGUGUAACCUGAACGCGGGAGGGAUUUUAGAUUUGGAGAAUAACUUUUUGAGACAUAUCGCAACAUCUCUGGAUAACACGGACAACAACCGCUCAAAAAGGAUUUGCCUUCACAAAUUAACAAGGAGCUGAGACCGUUUAAUUUUGGAACAAUGUAAGAAAAUAACAGUGAAUACAUUCGGGAUUUUCUGAAGCUAGUUUACGCACUGGAAGCACAGUUGGAACUAACGGACAUUCAGAACUACUCUCUGAGUUCUCCCCUCUUCUUUAUCCCGUUUAUUUUGUUUAGUAUAAGACGAAGUUUUGUGGACUUAUCCGAGGACUUAUCCCCCAGGCUUUUGGACUUGGUGAAUGCCCUGUGAACGCACCGAGUCUUGACCACUGACAGUAUGCAUCAAAGGGACUGGUAACUCACUCAAGGUUGUCAUGAAUCUUGGGGUCGACUGAUGCAGCCAUGGGCCAAUCGCUGGAUCUUUAAGAGCAACUUUUGCGUCCCUCCUCCUUCACCACAUCCUUUUCCUCAUCCCCUCCCCCUCCUUUUCUUGGGCCUUUGUCUCACAUAGCUUUAAGUUGAGUCCUCCGGAAACUAGCCAUCAAUCUAUGAUACUGUCUCCUUCCAUUGACCUGCAAACCAUGGCAAGCAUUGUUUCUGGCCAGACAAGGUGGCCUUUCCCAGUGCUACUCUUGUAUUUUUCUCCUCUGUUUCUGAUGGAGGGUUGGUGUCAUGCAGCCCCCUCAGGCCCAGAGUCUGACUCCUGUUCCACCCUAGUCCAGAGCCGCUUCUUUGGCUUCUUCUUAUCGUCCUCAGUGUUCCCCACCAUGCCGUGCUCCUGGACCUUGCAGAACCCGGAUCCUCGACGCUACACCAUCUUCAUCAAGGUGACCAAACCUACAGAGGACUGCAUGCCAUCACAGUUACGCACCUUCCAGUAUGACUCCUUCUUGGAAACCACACGCACCUACCUGGGCAUGGAGAGCUUUGAUGAGGUGGUGAGGCUGUGUGAUACCUCUGCCCCAGUGGCCUUCCUGGAGGCUGGAAAGCAGUUCCUCCAAAUGAGGAAGGGACCUCCUCGGGUGGGCUCAGCCAUCACGGAUGGCGAUGGGGAUUUCAAAACUGAGUACCUGGUGGUGGGGAAGCGCAACCCCAGCAUGGCGGCCUGUCAGAUGCUGUGUCAGUGGCUAGAGGACUGCCUUGCCUCCAGCACAUCUAACAGGCCCUGUGGUAUCAUGCAGACUCCAUGUUUGUGUUGGGAGCCACCACCACAGCUCAGUGAAGGGCACAGCUGUUAUCACAAUGGAGUUUACCUGGAGAACUGUUUACCCAGCGUGAAAGAGAGUGGAAAAGAUGCUGAGAUAAAUGGUGGUUGGAGUGUGUGGGGCCAGUGGGCACAGUGUAGCAGCGAGUGCGGAGGAGGGAUUCAGACUCGGACUAGGACCUGCCAGUCACCACCAGAGGAGUCGUACCUGUGUGAAGGUGUGGUGGAGGAGGGCCGGCCGUGCAACUCGCAGCCCUGCACUGGCAAAGGUCGCCAUCUCUCUCGCAGCCAAUCGCUUCGCUCGGUGGACAGCCGCAAGCGUGAUGACGUAGACAAGCCCCGCAGCGGACAGCAGAGCCCUCAGACAGUAGACUCAGCUUCAGGUGAGGAGUGGUCAGCAUGGAGUGUGUGUUCUGCCACGUGUGGGGAGGGCUGGCAGAGUCGCACUCGUUUCUGCGUGUCCUCCUCCUACAGCACCCAGUGUAGUGGGCCACUGCGAGAGCAGAGACCUUGCAACAACUCUGCUGUUUGUCCAGCUGCUCUGAUUGCAGUGCACGGUGCUUGGGAUGAGUGGUCACCGUGGAGUUUGUGUUCAUCGACAUGUGGCCGAGGUUACAGGUCCCGAACACGAACCUGCACUCCUCCUCAGUUUGGGGGAGAUCCCUGUGAGGGCCCAGAGAAACAGACCAAAUUCUGCAACAUAGCUGUCUGUCCAGUGGAUGGAGUGUGGAAUGAGUGGUCCAGCUGGAGCUCCUGCUCUGCCUCCUGCUCCAACGGGACCAUGCAGAGAACCAGAGAGUGUAACGGCCCUUCGUAUGGAGGCUCAGAGUGCAGAGGAGAGUGGCUGGAGACUGUCGACUGCUUCCUUGGGGAGUGCCCGGUGGAUGGCAAGUGGCAGCCGUGGUCUUUGUGGUCGGGCUGUUCUAAAACCUGUGGAGGGGGGAGCCAGCAGAGAAACAGGAUUUGUUAUGGGCCCUUUUUUGGGGGGCAGCCUUGCCCUGGGGAACGAGAGGAGGUCCGACGCUGCAAUGAAAAGAGAUGCCCAGAACCUCAUGAAAUAUGCAGCGAGGACAACUUUUCCAAUGUCGUAUGGAAGAUGACUCCAGCUGGUGAAACAGCAGCAGUACGCUGUCCUCCCAAUGCCAUGGGGCUUAUCCUGCGCCGCUGUACCCUGGAUGAAGAGGGCAUCGCCUACUGGGAGAAUCCCACCUAUAUGAAAUGCAUUUCCAAUGACUAUCGCAGCAUACAAACUUUGACUCGGGAACAUUUGUCCAAAGCACAACGUGGCCUUGUGGGAGAUGGUGUUUCGGAGGUAAUGACCAAGCUGAGAGUGACGUCCAGUGAUGGGACCAGUUACAGCGGUGAUCUGCUGGCCAUUGUGGAUGUGCUGAAGAAUAUGACUGAGAUCUUCAGGAGGGCAUACUACAGUCCCAGCAGUGCAGAUAUGAGGAACUUUGUGCAGUCACUCAGCAAUCUGUUAAUGGAAGAAAACAGGGAGAGAUGGGAGGAAGCACAACUGCUGGGGCCAAACAUCAAAGAGCUGUUCCGUCUGGUGGAGGACUUUGUGGAUGUCAUCGGCCUGAGAAUGAAAGACUUUCAAGACAUGUAUGAAGUCACUGAUAACCUAGUUUUGAGCAUCCACAAGCGUCCAGUGGUGGGUCACGCAGACAUCAGCUUCCCUAUGAAGGGCUGGAGGGGCAUGGUGGACUGGGCCCGCAGCUCUGAGGAUAGAGUCACCAUCCCCAAAAACAUCCUGUCUACUGGCAAGCCAGAUUCAGACGACACCUCGACGUUUGUAACCGGCAUCGUUCUAUACAGAAACCUGGGCAGUAUUCUGACUCUGCAGAGGAACAGCACAGUCCUCAACUCCAAGAUUUUGUCAGUGGCUAUCAAGCCCACCCCUGCUUCUCUCUCUGCUCCGGUUGUGGUUGAAUUCUCUCACUUGUACAACGGUACCACCAACCAGACGUGUAUAUCCUGGGACGAGAGUGACAGCUCCUCUCUGCUGGGAUCCUGGUCUGCCAGGGGCUGCAAAACCGUGCUAGUCGACUCAUUCAGAACCAAAUGCGUGUGUGACAGACUGUCCACCUUCGCCAUUUUAGCACGGCUAAAUCCCGAAAUGAACAUGGAUAAGACACAGCUCCCGUCUGUGACACUGAUUGUGGGUUGUGGAGUGUCUUCACUGACAUUAUUGCUACUUAUCAUCAUCUAUGUGUCCGUCUGGAGGUACAUUCGAUCCGAGCGCUCAGUUAUCCUCAUCAACUUCUGCCUCUCCAUCAUAUCCUCCAAUGCCCUCAUUCUCAUUGGACAGACACAGACACGGAAUAAAGUCUUAUGCACCCUGAUCGCUGCAUUCCUUCAUUUCUUCUUCCUGUCCUCAUUCUGCUGGGUUCUGACAGAGGCAUGGCAGUCAUACAUGGCAGUGACGGGCCGCCUCAGGAAUCGCAUCAUACGCAAGCGUUUCCUAUGUCUCGGCUGGGGUCUCCCUGCACUUGUAGUGGCAAUCUCAGUUGGAUUCACCAAGGCAAAGGGAUACGGAACACCAAGCUACUGCUGGCUGUCUCUGGAAGGAGGUCUUCUUUAUGCAUUUGUUGGACCUGCUGCAGCUGUUGUCUUGGUUAACAUGGUUAUUGGGAUUCUCGUUUUUAACAAACUGGUGUCCAAAGACGGCAUUACUGAUAUGAAACUAAAGGAGAGGGCGGGUCAGAUGACAGUGCCACUGUACAAUAUGACGCUCAAAUGUGCCAAGUGCGGAGUUAUCUCUUCGGCUGACGUUUCCACCACAGCUACCAGUAACGCCAUGGCAUCACUGUGGAGCUCCUGUGUGGUUUUGCCCCUCCUGGCCCUAACUUGGAUGUCGGCUGUUCUCGCCAUCACUGAUCGGCGCUCUGCGCUCUUCCAGAUCCUCUUUGCUGUUUUUGAUUCAUUGGAAGGCUUUGUCAUUGUCAUGGUGCACUGCAUCCUGCGCAGAGAGGUUCAGGAGGCAGUGAAGUGUCGUGUUGUGGACCGCCAGGAGGACGCUAAUGGAGAUUCAGGAGGAUCUUUCCAGAAUGGCCAUGCACAGCUCAUGACUGACUUUGAGAAAGAUGUUGAUAUGGCUUGCAGAUCAGGCACUAUGAAGCGCUCAUCUCUCCAGGGGGAGGAGAAGGCCUCCUCUGGGACCCUGACCCUUCAGAAGGGGUCUAACUUUAACACCAUGCCGGCCAGCAUGGCUAAGGUUCACCUGCAGAAUGUGGCAGACUACAGCAGUCACACUCUGACGCUGCGCAGGGAGAAAGGCACCACUAAGGGAAUCAGCACAGAGCUACCAGGCGCCAAAUCCAUCUACAUCUGUGACGGCGAGCUCUUCAAGCAGCUGGACGGAGAGCUGCCACGAGGGAACGGCGAGGGCAGCAGCUCUGAGGCUGCUGGCAAAGGCCCGGGAUAUGUCAUUCUACCAACCAACAACACAGGCACCUUGAAGCCAGCCAAGGGGAAAGAAGAGCAGACAGCCAAGUAUAACAUCAGCAUCGAGCAGCUGCCUCAGACCAGGCUCAUCCACCUGGCUAACACUGCCAGUGGAGAGCCAGUGCCUGGCUUUGGGCUGAAGACCCUUCCUGCUGACCAGGUCAGUGUGUCAUGCUCUGACAGAGACUCACCUGCACACAACCUGCAGAACAUGCCCAGAGACUCCCAGGUGGCCAACAGCAUGUGUGAUGGGGGAGACUCCGGAAACUCUGGCGUGAUUUCCAAGAGUGAGACCGUCUCUACACUGUCCAUGAGCUCACUGGAGAGACGAAAAUCACGCUAUGCAGAGCUUGACUUUGAGAAAAUAAUGCACACCCGGAAACGCCACCAGGACAUGUUUCAGGACCUGAACAGGAAGAUUCACAGUGCAGACAAGGAUAGAGAAUCUCCACCUGUUGAUGCCAAAGCUGCCAAAAGAUGGAGUGUGUCCUCAGCCAGCAGUGACAAGACCAACAUGAGUGACAAGCAGCAGACGCCAAGUAAGAGGGCGUGGGAGGGCAUCAGGAAGACCCACUCUCCCCCCUCCUGGGUGAGGAAGGACCUGGAGACAGUGGCAGCCUCUCCACUGGAGCUGCAGACAGUGGAGUGGGAGAAGACCAGUGCCACCAUUCCUCUGGUGGGCCAGGAGAUCAUGGACCUGCAGACAGAGGUGUGACCUGGACUCUGGCCUCAUACCUACAACUCUCUUUUUUUCCCAAUGCUCUCAGACAAACAAGCAGACACACCACACACACUGCCCUGCUCUGUUCUUCUACUCAAAGGCUGGAUAAAUCCCACUGUGAGAACGUGAGGGGGAUGGAGGGCAAAGAGGAGAGAGAAGCGUCACAAUAUCAGAAAAUCAGUUUCACCACGUAAAGAGGGAACGGGAACACGGUGUCUUUCUCUGUUGUUUCAUUUGAUGUUUCGACUGUGUUUUUGUCAGCAAAAUAUUAGUCAUCUUCUUGUAUAUGGUCUCAGAUACCAUGCCAGCUCACAUGGGAGACAGAUUGCCAAAGUAGCUGAUUCAGCUACUAUAUGCGCAUCAUGUAAUAAACAGCAUAGCAAAGGUAAUCAUGCAAUGUUUACCCCUGUAUUAAAUGGUUACGAUGUAAUAAUCAUGAUGACGUCUCUUUUUUUCCUUUGUUGAACGUAUUGUUGCUUCUGCUCUCUCUUUCUCCUGAUGAACGCUGAUGUUGUACGUGGCCCAAGAUGCCUCUGGAUUUCUUUCUUUCUCAACAUCAGUCUCAAAAGGGAAAAUGAAUAAGGGUUUGAGGAGGCAGACUGCCAAAUAUACAUACAUGUGCCCCUCAAUGCCGUUGUCUCCCCACCUACAACUCAUGCCAAUCCUUUUUGCUCUAACACUUUACCCCCACCCCCACCCCCCACUCAAUCCUGGCAGGGCAAGGUUGGCCCGGCAGCGACAAGCGAAGGGGAGGAUGAAAAAAAAAAAAAAAAAAAAACAUGAAGACGUCACCUUGAGCCAAAAUGGCAAGUUGCCAUGGCAGAGAGGUGGCCACUGGGCUUUGCACUCAAAUUGGCCCUCAACCUCAGUGCCGCCCACAGAGGGACAGCAUGGACAUCAGUGCGUCCUGAAGGAGCCACAUUCAACAAACAUGCUGUUUGGAUCAGUUACUUAAUGUAUAAUGAGACUUGGUACAGUAAAUGCAAAAUAUGACAGUGUUUCAAAGAUGCUAAGGAAAAGGUUCUUGUCUGUGUAUAUAUAUAUGUGCGUGUGUGUGUGUGCGCGCGCGCAUGUGUGUGUGUGUGUGUUGAGUAAUGGAAGAUGAAUAAAUGACUAGAUCUAUAAAUAUAUAUGAUUAAAGGUGAUGCUAUAUACAAGGCAGAGUUUGUGUGAGGGAUGGUGAUUGCACACAGAGAAAGCACAAGGCUCAUUUGGAGUCCUGAUGUACAGCAUUGUAAUUAUUUCAACAGAGUUCUACAGAAUGGAUUUUAGCCUAUAAAUAUCUUUCUUACUGUGCUUGGGGAUAGUUGUUAUCAUUAUUAUAAAUAUGAACAUAAUUAUUCUGAUACUGAUCCUCUCAUUCCCUCGCCCAUACCUUCAGGUUACUGGACUAUACAAGUGUUCUGUAUCGCAAUGUAACAGUGUGUGUUUUGAUAUCACCACCAGUCACUCCCUCAGAUCUGUAUUUGUUGCAACCCUGAUCCCCGACCCCUGACCUCCAACCUCAGACCCCCUGCUGUGCGACCCACCUGCCACAAACACCCCUCCCACCUCCCCUCACUCCCCUUUUUAUUUUACUGGGGUCGACUCUUUGUUAAUGUACAGUUUUCAGAGCACAAAAUGAAUGUGUCUUAUUUCUAAUAAAAACAUAUCUAUAUAAUGAAA